UGGAAUAUGGCUCGAAUAUAGUAAACUCAUCUGAAGCGUUAAGCUUUGCUGUCCCACGAUUCCUCAGUUACGUUGUGUAGCCUGUCCACCCACUUCUGAAGUGUAAACCUGCUCUCAAUGUUUGUUUUUCUGAUUUACGAAAAGUUUCCAAAUCGGCAGCCAAAUGAAUCUCAAGAUCCUGGAGCUGAAACGUGAAUUCUGUCUCUUUUUCCACAAAUGCUGAAUGAAAUGCUGAGUAUUUCCAGCGUUUUCUGCUUCUUUUAUCAUUUCAGAUUUCUAGAAUAUUGGAAUUACAUUGAAUUCUGAAAACGCGAUCGAGUCUGAUGCCUGUACGGCCCUUGGUGUUUUUUUGAAAGUAGCUGAAGGGGGCAGUAUUACAAACUCUGGAAUUUUUCGGCAACAUUUUUUUUUCCGAAUCGAAGAGUAAGAUUCGUUUGUCUCCUUUCGUUUGGUGUAAUUUUCUGGUCACCGACGCUAGAAGUAAACCAGGCAGCUGCUUUUCCCGAACAGAGCAGGCCACGUGUCUCACUGCACGCACCGCGUUGGCUGCGAACGCUUCCGGCUGGGAGGCCGCGAGCUCGGAACCGUCGUAACGGCCAGCGCGAGGCUCGCGAGCACGGGGCAGGUACAGGGGCCGCAGGUAGCUAGGGUGUACAGUGAAGAUGGAUGAUGAUGAGUUUGGAGGAUUUGAGGCAGCGGAGAGCUUUGAAGAUGGUGAAAUGGGACCACAGUCAGUCUCACCAGCCAUCCCCUGGGCAGCAUUUUCUACAGGACAGGCAGUGGAACUGGCUCAAAGUUCUUCAGAUAUCCUUGACCACCAGACUGCACAAUCUGUUGGAAGCUGCUCUGCAGAAGCUGUCUCUCUACCAGAAGAUGUGUCAAACUAUGCCUUGAGAGCUGAAUCAGGAGAAAAUGCCUUUAUAGAACAAGCAACGUUAAUGGAAAAGAGCAAACAUGUUCAGCAAAUGCCCCAAUCAUCACUGGUCAUUGUACCUGCAUCAACAAGCUUACCUGAGAAAAGAGAUCCUGUGGGUGUUCUUGCACGUCAUAUGGUGCCUGUAGAAGUAGACAAUGUGGAAGCAUGUUACAAAGAAACAUCAGAAACGAUUGAAGCAAAGCUUUCUACUGCAGAAGAGAAGGAGUUCGGAAUAAAAGAGGAAAUGUUUGAGACGUAUUCAAAGUUAGAGGAACAUCUGCAAGAAAAAGAAACAGAGCAAAUUUCAUAUGAAGACUGCUACAAUCAGAUUCAGGGUAAACACAAACAAGAGCUGGAAGACUUGAGGAAAGCUGGUCAUGAUGCCCUAAGCAUUAUCAUUGAAGAAUUUAAGGCAUUAACAAAGUCUGCUGUGCAGCAGGAGCAAGAAGCAAGCAGAAUACAUCUUCAGUCAGCCACAGAGAGACAACUGCAGAAAUGUGAAGAAUUGCUCAACACACAGCAUGAGCAACUGCUUGACCUACUGGAGGAAGAAAAAUUUGCAUUACAAAAUAAGAUAAAAGAAGCUUUGGAGGAACAAGCAAAACAGCAUAAGAAUACUCUUGAAAGAUGUAUUGCAGAAGAAAGACUACGAAGCACUGAGGCAAUGGGAGAAGUUGUAAAGGCAGAAAAGGAAAUCAUUAUGGAGGCUGUUUUGAAAGCUGUGCAAGAAGAGAGGGAAAGGAUGGAAAAAAUCCAGCUGGAAAAAAGAGAACUAUGGGAAAUUGAGCGUUGUAAGGACCAAGAAAAAUUUGAACAGGCUAUCCAAGCAGCAUUCCAAGAAGAAAGGGAAAAAAACCAGGAGGCUAUAAGAGAAGCUGUAAACCAAGAAAGAAAAAGAACUGAGAAAGCUGUAACAGAGGCAAUUCAAAAAGCAAGGGAGGAUACAAUUAAAUACAUCAAAGAGCAAAAAAGGCUUGACCAAGUGGCUCGUCAGCGUAACUUAGCCAGUUUGGAACUGUUUCUGUCGUGUGCGCAGCGACAGUUAUCUGCUCUAUUGGAAGAUAUACCAGUAGCUAUAGAACAAGAUAGCGAGCAACCUUAAGUAGAUCAAACACAUGAAGCAAGUCAAACAAACACAGCAAUGCAAUAAACCUGACACUUUGUUUCUGUAUUUUUGGACAUGCUAUUCCCUAUUGUGCAUGCCAGUUUAAAAAUGUUUCUUUUUUUAACUAACUAUUUUAUGGACUGUCUCAGACUAUUUCAUCUGUACACAAGAAAAAGACACACAUGCACAGCACAUGAUCAUUGAACACUACUUAAUAAAGGAAGUAAUGUUUAAAGUGUACAAACACUAGCACAAAAGAUACCAACCCUAAACACACAUAUAGAUUGUAUAAUAUUAGCUUUAUGAGCACUGUAAUAUGAGACUUAUAAACAUGAGGUUUGUACAGUUUCUGUAAUUGAUUGCAAUUGUUACCAGGUGUAUAUUUCUUCACCAUAGAUGUAAUUUACACCUGAUUGAGAGAUAUUAAAUUACAAGAACCUGAAUCUGUUCUUGAGAAAGUUUUGUGUAUCUGCUGAGAAAAAUCUUUUGUGGUUAUAUUAAAAGAAACUUUUUUUAUGUUGGCUCUUCAAUAUUUCGAUUUUUGUAAGCUUGUAAUCUACCUAGGAACACCCUUCUAAUUGCUUAGUUCUUCACUUAAAUUCAAAUUUAAAUCCAGCACUGCAAUGUACAAAACUUCUAUUUUAUUUCGAUGAAAUGACCAAACAGGCAGUGCUAGAAAAGUGAAAUGAUUGUGCUAUAUUGUGUGAUGAUAAUGGCGAUGAAACUGUCCACAUUCACUACCAUUGUUGCAUCGAAACUGGAAGAAAUCUCAGGUGUCCACACCUGCAGAAAAAUGUGAAAAUCCACAGGUUAAUGCCAUUAAGUGCACAUAGGAUAUAAAUAUUGUCUCAAAGUGAAGCCUCCAAUGCAAUCAUGGUAAAAACUUACACUUCUGCAUGGUUAAUCUUGGUACAAAAUUCAUGGAAAUGUUGGAUCUUACUGAAUGGGGUUUAACCAUGUUUUAAAUUUCAGACUAAUUGCUAAGCCUU